CGCCUUCCGACAGUCCGUUCGUCCUGUUCAACACCCCAAACCAGACUUUGAGAAUGAGGAAUUACGUGUGCAAGUGAAUACGUUGCGCUAUGAACUCGAGAAUAUCAAACAAGAGCGUGAUUUAACGGCACUGCGCCAUGAGAAGGAACUACGCGACCUUCAAGCCAAAGCUGAUGCGGACUUUCGAAAGGCACAGGUUGGCUGCGGAAACGGCAAGCCAUCGAGCGCAGCACAAAAAUGAAGCCCUAGCGAAAGAGCUCAAAGAAGCGCAAGAUUUCGCAUUGAACGAGAAAGCAACAUUAGAGAGAAAGAUCAGGACACUACAGGAUGAAAAUCAAUCCCUACGGGAAGACGUCGAUGAUGUGCAAGGGCAGCUGUCGGAUCACGAGAGACAAUACAAGUAUCAGAUUCAAGAGCUGGAGACCGUUCGUUCAUCCCUACAGCAAACACUGUCCGAAUUGCAGAAUGAUCUGGAAGAAGUGAGAAAUACCUUGCAAGCUACGCAGGAACGUCUCACGGAGCGAGAAUCAGAUGUUGCGGCUUUAGAGACGGAGAAUCUGCGCCUCAAAGCCGAGGGAAGCGACCCAGAGGCACUUGCAAUCUUGAAGCGGGAACUCUCUGAGCAGGUCGCUCAUAUGAGGUCUUUGGAAACUACGAACAGAGAGCAAUCUGCUGAGCUUAGACGCUUGCGGAAGAUCGGGAAAAAUGUCGAAGUCGUCCAAGAGGAAAAGAGAUCCCUCGAAAGCCAGUUGCAGUUAAUGAAGGAUCUGGAGUCAGAGCUUGGAAGCCUUCAGAUUCAGAAGCAGAUCCUGGAAGAUGAGAGGAAAACAUGGACCAGUUUGUUAGAAGUCGAUGGUCAGCCGGCGGAGUUCGAUUCUCCCGAAGCUGUUGUGAGGACUCUAGUACAGGAGAGAAUUGAGAAGGCAUCUCUUGUCGACCAGCUCGGCAGCGUUGAGCCGCAGCUCGUGGAGAAAGACGAGAUUAUCAAAAGUCUCGAAUCUGAUCGAGCCAAUCUGAAAAAAGAAAUCGAAAAGCUUCGUACCGCUGCACCUGCUGCUGGUGGAGCUAUGGAUAGUCGCGUCAAGGCCCGAUUGGAACGGCAGCGUGCUCUUGCCGUUAAAGAAGUCGAGUAUCUCCGUGAACAACUGAAGACAUUCGAUACGGAGGAAGUCACCAUGAACGCCGACGAAAGUCGAUUUGACGAGCAGAAAUCGCAACAGAUUGCGCAACUGGAGAGUCUCGUUGAUGAGUAUCGUGUGGAGCUACAGAAGGCGCACGAGGAACUGUCGAAGCGGGAGUCAUCCACGCAAGAUGAAUCCCAGGCACGCGGGACCAAACGCCCCCUUUCCCCGGCAGAGAGUGAUGCAGAAAGUGAGCGCCUAGCAGUGAUGGUUCGAAAGAACCGAACGCUGCAGGAUGCACUGUCCAAGUCGGAGCAGAAGAAAGAGCUGUUACGUCGUGAACUAGAGGCUGCAAAGUCCCAUCUCAACUCUCUCCAGGCACAGUCACGGACUCGCAUCCUCGAGCUCCGCGAUAACCCGACAGCAGAGGCAGAAAACCUCAAAAUGUCCACUAUACGGACCUUGAAGGCAGAGAACCGUGACCUCUUGGCUCAGUUGCAAGGCGGCCACGGAAAUGUCAAGGUCGUCCCGGUCAGCGCUCUCGAGAGCAUGAAGCUCGAGCUGCAGGAGAUGGAGAGGACUGUCGCAGAGAAAGAGAAGCGCAUGCGUCGUCUAAAGGAGAUCUGGACAGCCAAAUCAUCCGAGUUCCGAGAGGCCGUCGCCUCCGUGCUGGGAUACAAGCUGGAUUUCCUCCCUAACGGCCGUGUGCGAGUCACAUCCAUGUUCCAUCUCUCAUCUGCCUACCGACACGGCGACCACGCCUCCGCAGACUCGAGGGGACCCGGCAGUAUGGGUAACGGAGAGGAGAACUCGAUCAUAUUUGACGGUGAAAACGGAACCAUGAAAAUUUCAGGUGGUCCCAACAGCUUGUUUGCCCUCGAAAUCAAGCACCUCAUCAAAUUCUGGGUCGAAGAGAGAAAGGACAUCCCUUGUUUCCUGGCCGCAAUGACUCUUGAUUUCUACGAUAAGACGACACGAGCGAUGAGAGUGUGAAGAAGAAAAAAAGGAUUCGAAUGUUCUUUCUUUAUCUCUGACGAUUCUAUACCAUGUAAUACAUGUACAGAACAAUGUCUGAUUGUUUGCGCUUUCAAAGCAGGGCAAAAGGGACAGGUGUGGAGUUUCAUCUUUGAGGAUCUAUCUUAAUCACUACUUCAUCCGGUGUAUAAAUAACUUAUACAUCUUGUGGAUAUCCAUAUCAUAAAUAUUUUUAGUUCCA